AUGAAGAAGCUGGAAUACAAAAGAGGCAAGCUCCUACCGCUGGGGUUCAUAGACCCAAACACAGUUCAUGAAGUUACGGUUCGAGACUUCGCCAAGGACACAGAGGACAACAUCGUAAUGUUUUUAGAGAAGCAAGCAGACAAAGAGGAUAUAUUCUUUCCCUACAACUUCAAUUUCCACUUUAUUCUCCUAAUCAUUGAUCUUCACCUUGGAGUCGUAAAAGUCAUGGACUCGAAACGUAAAGAAUAUGCGGAAUGGGCGGACAUGGCUGCCAUCCUCCAGAGGGCUUGGAAACGGUUCAUCAAUACUGUUCCGGGUAAAUGGAAACCGGAGCUUACAUUUGAAGAUUACACUUGUAUGAGGCAGGAACAAGGGAAUAACUUAUGUGGAUACUACGUCUGCACCUUCAUGCGUGACAUGGCCUGUCCCAAGGGUGGGGAUGCCCAAAUACACCACACUCGUAUGACACGCCUGCGGGACACUUUCAUAACAGCGGAUCAAAUAAAAGCAAUUCAAGAGGAAAUCGCGGGAUUCUUUAUUACCGAGGUCCUUACCCCAGGUGGAGAGCACUAUCGGAAGAUCGUGACGGCGGAGGAUAUUCGUCGAGGAGAUGUUGUAUUGUAAAUAUGCAUGCAUUACGUGUACUGUGUUGACUAUGUCGUGUACUGUUGACGAUGUCUAUAUAUAUU